UUCUGGAACAACUUUGCCUAACCGAAAGGGUGUCUUACUGAUUCUCAAUCAUGGCCGGCUCGCUCAGGUCUGUUUUGGUGGUCCUUGUCCUUACAAUGGUGGGAAUAACAGUGGUCGCCGCAUGCUGCGACCAUAGUCAUUUUGGCUGUUGCGGUAAGGGAAAGUGCAACAUCUUCUGCUGCAACUGCAACGGUGGAUGCAAGCCGAAGAGUCAGUGCAGUCGACGAGGUGGCCUCGGUGGACCGCCCAAUACGAUGAGCGUCGGGAGAAUUGGCCGCGGCAAACGGGAUGUUGUGUACAAUAGUACCGCGCUGCAGAAGUUCGCUACCAUCGACCUCAAUGGCGAUGAAAGACUGGAUGUGGACGAAUGUAAAGCGUUCCUGAAGUUGUCCGAUAAGGUUCUUACUCGGCAUCCGCGGGGAGCAUUGGCAAAAAUUCCGGAAUGGUACAAAGAAAUCGAUGUUGACGGGGACGGUUUCAUUUUGCCUCAUGAGUUUGACUAUAGCUUAAACUAAGACUGUUGUUUGUACCAUACAUUUACGAUGCAUUUACUUUUGUAUCUGUAUCUAUACAUUUGUACAAUACAUUAUUUUACAACUGCAGCCGAAACGUUUUUAGUCCGCACCUUGAUGAUGUCGUUAGAGUUGUGAUUCGCUACGUUUCGAAACAGUAAAAUCACUAAAAUACCUUUCAUGCGCGAUACAAUGUACAAAUUUUCA